UAGCAUGAAAGAAAUAGAGGGUGCAUUUGAUCUGUUGUUGCUACACGUGGAUGUGAAAUGAGUCAAGCCGAACUUUGAUUGCAACGGAUUUCAUCUACAGUGAGAGCGGUAUGGAGGAUGAGGGCUGAGGGGCGGCGGCUGGGCGGGGUGUCUGGUCUGCUCUGAGGUACGUUUGUGCUGGAAUCCCGUUUUAAGAUCUUUCCGCCCAUCCUUACAUGCUGGGACAUUACUUCUUGUUUUGUGCACUGGGAUAAAGGACAAAGUAACAGCCUUCUCACUAUGGAUUGCCAAGAAAAUGAGUAUUGGGACCAAUGGGGUCACUGUGUCACCUGCCAACAGUGUGGUCCUGGACAGGAGCUUUCCAAGGAUUGUGGUUAUGGAGAAGGUGGAGAUGCAUACUGCACAGCUUGCCCUCCCCGAAGGUACAAAAGCAGCUGGGGCCACCACAGAUGUCAGAGUUGCAUCACUUGUGCUGUCAUCAAUAGGGUCCAGAAGACCAACUGCACAGCCACCUCUAAUGCUAUCUGUGGGGACUGUCUGCCCAGGUUCUACCGAAAGACACGCAUUGGAGGCCUGCAGGACCAAGAGUGCAUCCCGUGCACAAAGCAGACCCCCACCUCUGAGGUUCAGUGUGCCUUCCAGUUGAGUUUAGUGAAGGCAGAUGAACCCACAGUGCCCCCUCAUGAGGCCACACUUGUUGCACUAGUGAGCAGUCUGCUAGUGGUGUUUACCCUGGCCUUCCUGGGGCUCUUCUUCCUCUAUUGCAAGCAGUUCUUCAACAGACAUUGCCAGCAUGUUGCAGGAGGUUCGUUGGAGUUUGAGACUGAUGAGAUAGCAGAGGAGGAAUCUCUCUUCCCCAUGCCACCUGGCCAGGAGACCACUCCUGAGUCCCCAGUGAGUGAAAGCAUCUUUGAAACCCAGCCACUUAACCCCAUCCUGGAUGAUGACUGCAGCUCAACUCGUGGCUUCCCCACCCAGGAGUCCUUUACCAUGCCCUCCUGCGCCUCUGAGAGCCACUCCCACUGGGUCCACAACCCCAUCGAAUGCACAGAGCUGGACCUGCAAAAGUUUUCCUGCUCUGCCUCCAAUACUGGAGCUGAUACCUUGAGAGGGAAUACAGCUGAAAGCUCUGGAGACAAGCUGGAACUCAAUGUGCCUUUUGAAGUUCCCAGCCCUUAACUCUACUGAGUACCCACCUAUGGGUCUGUUCCUUGGGCCACACAGACCUCAUCUGCGUCCUCUGCCUUGUGAUAACCCUGCAGAGGCCUGACGACAACAUCUCCCCUCUGGAAGGUCUUUUGAGCUCCUGACAGCCUGGACUCUCCUCCCCUACCAUAUCAGCAGCAGGGGCCUGGGAUGUGGUAUCCAUGAUAUCCAUGUGGUGGAGGGGGCUUAUCUUACCCCUCCACCAUUUCCUCAAGUCUGACCAGCAGCAUUUAUUGCUUUUCUGUUAUAGCCUAGAGAGCUAAAUUCCCCAGGCAUGGGACUACUGGACAUGUGCUUAACUUGAAUUGAUUACAGAGAAGAGAGGAGGGAAUAACAAUGAAUGGGUUAUGGUUUUCUGGCCUGCGUUUUUGGUCAGGUAGGCCUGAAGGAGGGGCCUCUCAGAACUCUGUUGGCAUCUCUGAGUACUUUAGACACAAAAUGAAACCUUUUCCCUUUUAACUCCUCUUCAUUGCUUUCAUCCUCAAUACACCACACACUCACACACGCACACAUUGGGGAAGGCCCAAUGUCUUGAUUCUCUAACUCAUGUCCUAGACUUAUGUAUCUGUAAUAACUCUUAAGCCAGCACACUUGUCAGGGUCCUCCUCCUCACAAAUAUGUCUCUGCCCCUCUUAAGUAGAGAUUCAAAUCAGUGUUUUGAUUUUUAAAAUGUUCUUUGCUAAAAUUUCUUUUACUUUUCUCUUCUAGUCUUUCCUGUUUUGUCUAGUGCUUAUGCUGGUCUUCUAAAGCCCCAAACAUAGUCUCUA